UGGAGGAUUCCUCGCUUUACGUCACUUCCGUAGUAGACGGAGAAAACGUCAACAAACCACCUGAAAGCCACCCUCAUGGAGGAGGAUAACUCUCAAAUACUUGAGCAUGCUCACUCUGAGUUUAAAAACCACAACUACAAGCUGGCAGAGGAGCUGUACACCAAGUUUAUCUGCUCCUGUUUGCAGACCAGGGGGUGUGAGGCCAGCAACUUGGCUACUGCUUUCAACAACCGCGGGCAGAUAAAGUACCUCCGGGUGGAUUUUCACGAAGCGGUAGAGGAUUAUACAUCGGCGAUAGAGACCGACAGCAAGUUUGAAAUACCUCUCUACAACAGAGGACUCAUUCACUACAGAUUAGGUUUUUUCGACGACGCCAAGAGGGAUUUUCAGCAGGCUCUGAAAAUCAACCCAGCCUUUGAAGACGCCAAAGUGAGCCUCCAGCAGACACUUCUGGACCGGCAGCACAAGAUCGAUAGGGGUUAUUGAUAACUUAAUACUUCAUUCAGGUCUUUCUGGACCGGUGUCAUGCAGACGUUUGGUUUUCCUGUGGUUAAGGAGGACCAAAAGUCUGAUAAACCCAAACUUUGAUUAGAGAGUUCACUUUUUAUAUGAUGGUUUAGAAAAAGAUACUCUGAAGGAGACAAAUGUGACAUAUUGGGUCCCUCAUUGUGUAUUUAUUGGAAUGGUUUUACCGCAGUAUGUGUGAUUAUCAUGGAUUUUAGAUGGACAUAAUUGUUGUGACAAUAAAUGUGAUGAAUGGUAAUAUUAUUUCAUUUCACUUUUAUGUAAACAAGCAUUAAGCACCUAAUUUUUGUUUUUCAAGUCACAACAUGACACCAUAACGUGCAGGAAAAACAACUACAACAACGUGCACCAAGCAGCAGGACAGCUCAAAAAUCACUUGAGAGACAAAUGCAAAGGGCUUCGAUAGAUCUUGAUUAAGUUGACAGAUUCAUAUCCUGACUACCUCACUGGUCCUCCAAUCAAAAAAAAAAAAAAAAAAAAAAUCAUUAGGCUCGUAAAGCAAAGUGUAUCACUUGAAUAAGUUUGAGAGCAGACAAAUCAAUCCGAGCACUCGGUACAAUGAUGAGCUCGGGCUUUACGGUCGGUAAUAAAUGUCAGUGCUAUAUGAUACAGUGUUUAAAGCACGAGGACACUGGGAGGAGGCUGGCUAAUGUAAAACAAUCACUAUGGUGCCUGCUUACAGUAGCAGUGAGAUGCUUUUACUGAAAAGGAAACACCUUGAUUUGAGCAGAUAUCCUUUCACAGGGUGAUAGGCGACAUAAAGGCAAGGCAGUCGAUCACGUCUUAACACUGCAACUCUCAGGUUGCCUUCACAGGAAAUGCAACAUUUUCUUGCCAAAUUAAGAAAAAUGCUGACCAUUUCUUCAGGUUAUAACCAAAUGACGUGUAUGUAUGUUAUUGCACCAUGUAUGAACAAUAAAUUAUUUUGAUUAUA